UUAAAUACAAAUAUAUACAUUUUAUGUAAACACAUUUAUUUUUGAGAUAGCCUGAUUUAAGUUAUAUCAAUAUUUUAUGCAAUGAACAUUUGAAAUGUGUGGCUGUUAAAUAAAUUUAUUACGUAAUAUGUACAAAAGAAAUUCAUGGAAUAAUUCUUUCACAGAUGAGUUAGUUCUAUAAAUAGUAGUUCUAUAAUUAGAUUCAGAUACAUUUACGGAUAUUAAAGAAAUAAUGACUACACGGCUCAAACUUUCAACAUGGCAGUGUCUAAUGGCUACCCGUAUCCCGGCUUCACAAAUCCGUAUGUACGUGGGAAGUUACCGUCAGUGAAGGGUCGUAAUAGUCGUAAAAUGUGCGCAGGACGUAUAUUCAUCUUUCUGAUACUGGGUGUGAUCCUCAUUGUGCUCGGCCUCGUGUCUCUAGGACUGUACCUGAACGUGAAUGGAUCGACCAGUUCCAACCAGUACACCGAGAUCAUGCCGUUAUACAUUACGUCCGGUUUUGUUAUAUUAGCGGGAAUUGGCGUUUCUACCUUGUUUUGGAAAAGAUUAAAAGCAUUGGUGUUUGUGUCGGUGAUUAUCUGUGUAGCCACGGGGUUCCUCUGCGGUAUAACAGCUGUUCUCACGUGCACCCACGUGCUUCAGCCGCUUCAAACAUUUAGGACAUGCCGCUAUUACCUAUCGCAAAGAUUAUGCCAGUGUCUGUCACCAUACAAGAGAGACAUGCUGAGUUUGCAAUAUUCUGAAAAAGGUUUGGAUGAAUCAUAUGAGGAGGUUUACACUGUAAGUGGAAGUUCUUCCCAAGAUCACUCUGAUAGUGAACCAGACAUAGCAACAGUGGUCGCGACCUUGCCUAGAGGUCAAUCAGGUGUUGCUAAAAAUAGUAUACUUGUUACUAAAAAUAGCACGCCAUCUCAGGGUGCUUCCAGGGACGGUUCUUCAUUGAGUGUGUCACAAAGUGUUUCAUCCACAACGGGUAACCAAGUGGGACCAGUUGCUUCAAGGAGCUUGUCUCCACAGCCACUUGUUCAAGGUCAAAAUGUUCAAGGUCAGAGGUCAAAAACUCCGGGACUAAAUGAUUUAGCUAAAGAGAGUUUAGCGAAUAGAUACAAAAUAAAUAAAACUCCAGACAGGGAGUUAAACAUUCGGCAGAGAUUGUCAAAGACACCUGAUCGUGAAAUAGGUGCAAGCAGACGGUAUAGUUUCUCGGCAUCAAAACGUUUGAGUAAGUCAUGUGACUCGUUAGAUUCUUCGGGAAACGGAAGUAGGGAAGGUGCGGUCAACUUCGACUCUGUACCGAGUUCUGGAAAAAGUAAGGGAAAGUUAAAAGAGCAUCGAAGGAAAGGUAAAAGAGCUGCAACUGUACACACGUUAGAUACGGACCAACUUCUGCUCAUUCUGAACCUGCAGAUGCGAUAUCUGCAAGAAACCAGGGAACAGCAAUCGAAUGGUCCAAGUAAUACACAAACUGGUCCAAGACGGGCAAUAACCCCACAACCUGUAUCGCAGAGACCGAUUAUACCUCAGAAAGUACGUUCACAUACACCACAGCCUCGAAGAGCGAACCAAAGAAACAGGGACCAGGGCAAUUUUAAUACGUACACUCAGAAUUACGGCUGGAAUGUUCAAUCUCAGGGUGGUGUAAAUACAGUUAAUAGUGAAAGUAGUUCUCGGAGAACUUCAGAAUCGAGUGAAAGAAAUUUGGACGCGGUUACUGGACCAAGUAAAGGUCAUUUUGUUUACACGCAGGGAUCUGGUGUUGGAUCUGAAAGUUACUUGUUGUCCCAACAGAUACACAAAGCAGGACCGAAAACAGGGGAGGGUUAUCAACCAUACAUUCAUAAACAGUUUCAAAAUAGUUCCGCAGAUAAUGUACAUUUUGUCACAUACUCUGACAGUAUGCUGAAUAAUCCAUCAAAUAAACCAAAAACUCGCGCAUCUGUGCAGACGCAUUUUCUCCCCCCGCAACCUUUGAGACGUGGAACGCACAAUCAACUUCCUCCGCAACCAGUUUCCCGCAAGAAAAUCGCGGAACAGCAGUUACCUCCACAACCUGUUCAAAGAGGAACCUCUGCAUUUCACAUUGUUGAUAGGAAUAGCAAAUCAAGGAGCCCUUCGAUAUCAAAUGAUAGAAUUUCGGAAAAAAUUGAUACCACGCCAAAACGUAAAACAAGAAAAGACUGUGCUGACAUUGCCAUAAGAGAAAAUUUUAGUUUAAAUGCAAAAACAUUCAUAUUAAAAGAAUCUAUGAACGAAGAAAAUAAUUCCGGAAAAAUGGUUCAGCCACAGUUGAAUCAGAAUCGAGAAAAAACAAAUUUUAUGAUGAAGCAUGAAAAGUAUUUUCCCGUAGAAAAUCUUCCGCCAUAUUCCGGUCCACCGUCGUACAAGGAACAUGUGUCAUCGUGUAGUACAUCGGUCACAUCAUCGUUAUCAUCGAAUCCGGACGAUGUCUACAGCCUCCCAAAGAGAAGAGUUCUUACGGAACAUGAAACUGCUGGAAGGCACAAUACUGACAGUAUAAACAUUGCAAAUACUCAGCAAUUUUCAUAUGGUGCUAAAAUUUAUGAAAAUGCUGAAAUUACGUUAAGUGAUAACUUUCAGCGGCAGGUACGAAGUCAAAAUCAAGAAAUUAUAUACAGUAGCCCGGCUAAAAGUAAAGUUAAGCAGUGCAUAGUGCCAGAGGACUACUAUACACAAAUUGGUAAAGUUAGUCGCGAUAAUAAAUAUACGAGCCAAGUCAGUGACGAAGCAUCUAGCAGAGAAAGGAGGAGCCUUGCACAAAGAAAUAUUCCCGAAAAUGUGUAUGGAAACUCAGGUAGUGAAAUUGAACAAAACGUUCCUGUUGAGAGAAACGUUUCCGGAAAUAUAUAUGGGAAUGCUAAUAGUGGUCUUCAGUAUUCGUAUAAUCCAACUUUUCACGGACAGAUCGCUCCCGAUGCCCAGUAUAACGACUAUGAAGAUGUUUACGAUACUCCAGACAGUGUUCCGGAACAGUUAGUACAGAAAUCCACAACCAAUGGUGGCUAUACGUCGUACUCGGUUAAUACGCAGGGUAUGACUAGUGCCGCACAGUUGACACCAAAAUCCAAAUCAAAAAGUCCCAAAAAAGUGAAUAGAUCUCAUUAUCCAAUUUCAAGUGUUCAGGUCAAUACGCAGCAUAUGGAUUAUGCUGAUAGCGAUAAUAUUAACGCAAAUAAACAGAUAUCUGAUAGUGUUGAAAAUGUUCACGCGGAAAAUAUGAGAAAAAUUCCGAGAAUCAAGUUAAAUGACUAUGAUGUAGCUCCUGCUGAUAUCUUGGAAGACGAUGUGUUUAUGAACGAGGAAGCAAAAGUUUUGGAAACUAGGUUAAAAUCUGAUGUGAAUUUUAAUAAAGUUACUGAAGUUGGAAGUGAAAAUAUGAAGAGGGGGUACCCUCCACAAAAUCAUGAUAAUUACCAAGAAAUUUCAGACUUUGACGUGGUUAGUGAAAAUGAAGGACCCAAUGAAGCAGAACCUAACUUUGUGAACGAGGAUUCUGGAUAUAUGAAAAUGUCACUUCCAGGAAAAAAUGUAGGAAUACCUGACUUUUCCACAUCAUCAAAUCAAAUAGUUCCAUUAUCAGCCAAUCAGGGGGAGUUUUCAGGUCAUGUGACUGAAAUAGCCAAUCAGGGUUUAGGAAGACAGUUGCCUGAUGGGAUUGAGCAUGCCUCUAGUGAAGAAAAUGAAGAAUAUGAAGAAACAGGCGUGUAAACGAGAUUUUCAUAAUUAUAUCAAUAGAUGUAUAGACUAUAGAUAGAUAUAUACAUGUGCUAGGGAAGAAAUAUUUACCUUAGAUCCUGAAUGUUAAUUAAUUCUUCAAUUUUUUUUUAUUGAUACUCACAAUUUUUGAAAGUCAUUGGUUGUGUUAAUAUAUAACUUAAUUAUAUAUUUUUUUAUGUCACAUUUAUGAAAAAUGUUAAAGUACUGAGUGCUUAUUGCUUUUAAAAGUUCAUAGUGCUGAUAUUUUGUUAAAUAUUAUAGUAAUUAUCGUAAAAUUCUUAUUAAAUGCCCCUCCCCUAAGAAAGUUCCGCCCCCACCCCCCAGAUUUUUUGAUAAGCGAAAAAUCUAUUCACCAGUGCUAAAUUCUAGAGUAAACCCAUAACUUUAUUCAAAUCCUACAGAAUCCAUUGUAUUUUAUAGUUAACACAAAAAUGUUGUACAUAUAGGUCACAUGGGAGUCAAUGAAACUCUCAGUCACGCAAAGGAUGCAAUGUUUUGGCCUUCUAUGGGAAA